GCAACGGUGAAGCAACGAUUUAGAAAGUGCGCUGACAAAUCUAACUAUUUUCUACGAAUAUUGUUUUUUUUUUAAUUUUGAAAACAAAACAUUUCCCGAUUAAUAUUAUUUGUGCGUGAAUUUUUGGCGUUUUAAAAUAUAAAGAGUAAUUUAGAACAAAGUUUUCGCUGCCUUUGUCGAAAUACUUAAGUGCGGGCAAUAUGAGGGUGCAUUUUCGUGACACGUAAUUCAAAAUUACAAAUAUACAAUAUCUUAGAGGCACUUUUGCUUGCCGUUUGGUCACUAUUUUUGCGACGCUACCGAAUGUUGAAAGUGUUCCAGGUGAAUGACUCUUUUGAAUGCUAUCGGCUUCCGGUCAAGCCACCCUUUGGCUUUCGUCACGACAACAUUGUAAUGUGUAUGUGUAAACACUAUGUGAUAUUCAUGCAUGCAUAUAUUUAUAUGUGUAUAUGACUGCUUACAAACCUAGUUACCGCAAUUGAAGGGGCCCUGAACUAAGGUGGUAUUUCUUAUGUUUCGGACCAUUCAAGUGAAACACAAUUGUUAUUAUUUCUGAUGAAUUAUGGUGCAUAACACCUAAUGUUUAGAUACAAGUUAGUGGAGUUAACUAAUCUUAAAAUUUAAAUGUAUACAUACAUAUGUAAGUAUGUGUAAUAUGUGUUCGUGUUCGUAUUCAAAAGUAAUUAUGUUUCUCGAAACUCCAUUUUUUGGUUGCAGCAAUUGCUCACUGUGACUGUCUAGAAUUAGUGUUGUUUCAAAUUUAGUUGUGUCUAUAUAAAUUGUAAAAUGAAUACAUAUGCAUAGAUAUGUUCUUAAUUGAAAGUUUUUUGUGCAGUGAAAUUAUAGUAUUCUUUAUUAUGAAGCAAAAAUUGUAUUUAAUAAUGUGAACAGGUAAAUAACACAAAAACUCAUCAUAGUUUUUUGCUCGCAACGAAAUUACAAGCAGAAACAAAUAUGCUCCACCAAAAGGAUUGCUUCGCUAAUGCACAGUACAACUUAGCUGCCAUUAAAAUCACUAGUUAUAAUCGACACAAUAAAAAGCAACGACAGCCUAAACAGUUUUUCAUAUUAUCAAGGAAUCCGUGACUAUAAUUACUCCGAACAACGAUUUUGAAUUUACUUUGAAUUGAAAAUGAGGAUUACGUAUGAGUGCACAAUUCUUUUAAUCGGCGUACUUCUAAUGUUUCUCAAACUAAACGCAACUACUGGUGCCAUCUUAGACUCGCGUUGUUAUCUUGAAGGUGGCGGUUCAGCAGAGAGCUUUCUCGCCAAUGAAGAUCUGGGAGUGGGAGCUAUUAUUGGAAAGUUACGAAUAAAUGGAAAUCCUGAAAUAGAAGGAGGCGAUAUUGAUUUAUCUCUACGAGAAAAGGACGCUCAAAUCAAAAUAGUACCAAGCACCAAAGAUUUGUCUUUGGCUAUGGAAUUGGACAAGGAAGGGGUCCUGGGUCCCUCUUCAGUUUAUGUAAAUGUUAUUUGUACUCGUCGUCGUUCUACUGAUCCGAGUUUUGUGAUUCCGGUGAACGUACGCGUAAUUGACGUCAACGACAACGCCCCGAUUUGGAUAGGUGCACCAUAUACCGUAACACUCUCUGAAGUCACUGUAUCCGGUACAAGAAUACUACAAGGUGCACAUGCAGAAGAUGCAGAUCAGCCGGGUCCAUUUUCUACAGUUGAGUACCAAAUAUUACCCGGACCAUACUCGGGUUUUGUCCAGUUUUUGAACCCUCUCGAAGGUACAUUAGUACUAAAAAAGUCGUUGGACUACGAGACUAUGCAAAAUUUUACUGUGAAACUUAGAGCUCAAGAUCAGGGUAGUCCACCAAAAUAUACGGACACAACACUAAGAGUAGUGAUUACAGAUGCUGAUGACCAAAACCCUAAAUUUCAAUAUGACUCCUACACUGGAGAGCUUCCAGGCGAUGGACAUCCCGGCGAUUUAAGGUUACGUCCAGAACCAAUCAACGCUGUUGACCAAGAUGAAGGCAUAUGUGCGCCUAUUCAGUAUACAAUUGUUCAAUCACAAGACACGACAUACUUUCGAAUACAUCCUCACAGCGGCGUUAUUACAUUACUAACACCCAUCGGCUAUGCGGAUCUAGUUAACGGUGCUACAAUGGUGGUGAAGGCGACACAAAUAGACAAUGCCGACCGUUAUGCGUUAACAACCGUUAUGUUAACACGGCAAGGGGCGCGUGCUGAUAUAACAGCGCUGUCAUUUGUACAGCAAAAAUUUUUCAUGCGUAUACGCGAGGAUACGGCUGUUGGAAAUCGCAUUUUAGCAUUACCCACUAACAAACCGGGAAAACACUUGAAAUAUACAAUAUUGGACCCAGUAAAUUCACAAUUUUUUAGUGUGGGGUCAUUGGGCGAAGUAAUAUUAGUUAAGCCUCUCGACUAUGAGAAGAUAACAAAACAUGAUUUUCAAGUAAUGGCAACGGAUGGUUUGACAAAUAUUACAGCAGAUAUAACGAUGGAAGUUAUCGACGUAAAUGACUGGGAGCCUAGAUUUCGAGAGACACAUUACGAGUUCGUGAUUCCAAAUAGCUCUAUUCACUCGCCAUCUGAAUCAUUUGAAGGUGUAAUGGUUGGAAAAGUAGAAGCAGCCGAUGGGGAUCGCAAUGACAAACUUGAGCUAUCGUUGAAAGGGCAAUAUGCUGGCCUUUUUGAGAUAGAUACUAAAGGAUGUAUUUACAUGCGGCCUGAGCAAUUACAAGGGCUUAAUGAAUCCACAGUUCAUUUAAUCGCCACAGCAACUGAUUCAGGAAUUCCGCCACGUAGUACCUCUGUGCCAGUCACGGUGACCAUGGAAAGACUCACUCUUGCUCAAACAUCUUGGAGUUCCAGUUUCAUAGGAGUGUUAGGCAUGAUAAUAAGUUUAUUUAUUGUUAUUAUUAUAAUUCUCACAUGGUACAUAAUCCACUCAAAGAGCAAACGGCGAAAGGGCACACCACCUUUGGGACGAAAUCGUGUCCACAGCCAGGCACACAGCACAAUGUCUUCCGCAAACCUAGUUACUCACGAAAAAAUUUCCAAUAAUGGUAAUGGAACUGUAGUCACGAGUGGCAAUAGUGGAGUUUCUGUGCUGCAUAUGAAGCAUGACGGUAAUAUAUCAAUGUCAAAUCCAAUUAACAGUGGUCUAAAUCAUUCCGGAGUUGGCAAGGUAUGUUCCACCGUUCUGGCAACGAAUUUGGAACGUGAAAAUAAGCGUGAUCAGGAGCGUGAUAGGGAAAAACAACGGGAAAGUUAUGCAGCAACAGUUAGAAUCAUUCUUCCAGGUAUAGUGUCACGAGCCUCUGCCAAUGGGCAGUUGUACGAAGAAGAUGAAAUCGAAAAUGACUCCCUUUCAAACCAUAACAGGGAAUCAGGUAACAACAAUAAAGGAGCAGCUUGGGAAGAGUCAGCUAGUUUACAAAGAGGAACAACGUCGAUAAAAAAUUUAGACUGUAGCAUCGUCAGAGCUUCAAACCUUCUGGCCGCAACAGAAACAAUGGGUUCUUCGGAAAAUAAUUUAACUGUAUAUUUUUAAAUAUUCUGAAAUACAAUCAAAAUCUUCCCCCUAAUCCACUGACUGACAGACCCUCUAACAAACUAGAGAAAAUUAUAGUUGUCGAAACUGGAGAUUCUUCGUAGUAAGUGAUAAUUUUUAGAUUAUUUUAUUUAUUCAUAGUGCAGAUUUAAGAAUAUAGUCAUUUGAAUAAUUGUCAUUCCAUGUUUUCGACGAGACAGUUAUUAUGAAUUUGCCACUUUAUACUUCCAAAUUAAAAUUUUUAAAUAUAAAAAUUUAAAUUCAUUGGCGAACUACGUCAGUUCCCUAUCAGAAUUACAUAUACUUGUAUUUAUUAUUUUUUAUCUAUGUAUUAAUGAAAAUGGGUUCCUGUAUUUUAAAGAAGUUUUAGUCGUUCAUAGAAUACAAGCAACGAUCAUAGAAUACAAUACAAGGUUACUACAACCGUUGAAGUCAUAAAACCAACAUUCUCAUACAUACAUAGGAACAAUAAUAAAAAAAGGAGGUAAAAGUGAAACUUUCUUUUACAUUAUAGACAUUUAACUAAAAAUUGCUUCAUCAAUCUUAAUUUUAUACUUGGAAAAUGGGAAAUGAUAGAAGUAGACUAGGUCUCCAACUAAUACUUUUAUUGAACUCUGUGUCUUAGAGUACGACAUACAUAAUAUUUAAAUAUUAUUUAGUUGAUAUACACAUAUUAAAAAGUUUUACUUUAAAAACUGAAAACAACUCAAAUAUAUCGUUGAGUCAUUUUGAUCCGUUUUUCAAUAAUUCUGUUAUCAAUUCCAUCUUCAUCAUGACUUUUAACAGUUUAUAAAUGUAACCAAUAUUUUAUCGUAACUAAAACUAAAAACAAGAAAUAACGCUAACUUCGGUUGCACCGAAGCUAUAAUACCCUUCCAAGUUUUCCA